UGGUAACUUGUGUCGGAACAGAAGCCCUCACAUGAGUGGCAUGCUUCACGGAGUUAUGUACCUUGUUUUACCCCCUGAACUGCUAUCAUGGAUUUCAAAUCAUUAAUACUUUUCCUUUUUCUCUUCACGUUUAUUUCCAGAGCAGAAUUCAUUAUUCAUCCGUCCAAUGAAGUUAACCUGUUGGACUCCAAAGCAAGUCAAGGGGAACUGGGCUGGAUAUCAUCGCCAUCCCAUGGGUGGGAGGAAAUUAGCGGUGUGGAUGAGCACUACACACCCAUCCGGACCUUCCAGGUGUGCAACGUGAUGGAGUACAGCCAGAACAACUGGUUGAGGACCAACUGGAUUCCUCGUAAUUCCGCGCAGAAGAUCUAUGUGGAGCUGAAGUUUACCCUGAGAGACUGCAACAGCAUUCCCAUGGUCCUGACCUGCAAAGAGACGUUCAACUUACACUACCUGGAGACGGACGAAGACCAGGGAAGUAAGUUCCGUGAGCACCAGUUCUCCAAAAUAGACACCAUCGCCGCCGACGAGAGCUUCACUCAGAUGGACCUAGGCGACCGCAUCCUGAAGUUGAACACCGAGGUGCGUGAGGUGGGACCCAUGACUAAGAAGGGCUUUUACCUGGCUUUCCAGGACGUGGGAGCAUGCGUGGCCCUGGUUUCGGUGCGGGUGUACUUUAAAAAAUGCCCCUUUACAGUGAGGAACCUGGCCAUGUUUCCUGACACGGUGCCCACGGACUCUCAGUCGCUGGUGGAGGUUAGGGGCUCCUGCGUCAACAAUUCCAGGGAGGAGGACCCACCAAAAAUGUACUGCAGCACUGAUGGAGAGUGGCUGGUGCCUAUUGGGAAAUGCCUGUGCAACAUAGGUUACGAGGAGCGGGGAGUCACAUGCCAAGCCUGCCGGCCCGGCUUUUAUAAGGCCUCCUCCGGGAACGUCAAGUGCUCCAAGUGUCCUCCACACAGCUACACACACCAGGAGGGCUCCGUCCACUGCGGAUGCGAGAAAAACUACUUCCGCGCAGAAGAGGAUCCCGCCUCUAUGGCCUGCUCCCGACCUCCAUCUGCCCCACGCAAUGUGAUCUCAGCCAUUAAUGAGACGUCAGUGAUUCUGGACUGGAUCUGGCCGGCUGACAGCGGAGGCAGGAAGGAUGUGAUAUUUAACGUAGUCUGUAAGCGAUGUUGGCCGGGUCCCAGACAGUGUGAACCCUGCAGAGGGGCUGUGCGCUUCCUGCCCCGUGCCUUCGGCCUCACUAACACGACAGUAACCGUGACUGACCUUCUGGCACACACCAAUUACACGUUUGAGAUUGAGGCCCAAAACGCAGUGUCCUCCCAGGCCCCCACGAUCCGCCAUUAUGCUGCGGUCACCAUCACUACCAACCAAGCAGCUCCAUCUGCAGUGACUGUCAUCAGGAAGGACCGAACAUCAAGAAACAGCAUCUCACUGUCUUGGAUGGAGCCAGAGAGACCCAAUGGGAUCAUUUUGGACUACGAGGUCAAAUACUAUGAGAAGCAGGAACAAGAAACCAGUUACACCAUCCUGAGGUCGAAGGGCACAAAUGUCACACUGAACGGCCUAAAACCCGACACCACGUACCUGCUGCAGAUCAGAGCGCGCACCGCUGCCGGUUACGGCGGGACCAGUCGCAAGUUUGAGUUUGAGACCAGCCCAGACUCCUUUUCCAUCUCCAGUGAGAACAGUCAGGUGGUGCUGAUCGCUAUCGCCUCCGCUGUGGCCAUCAUCCUCCUCACUGUAGUGCUCUACAUUGUGAUUAGCAGGUUGUGUAGAUACAGCAAGUCCAAACAUCCAGAUGAAAAGAGGCUGCCCUUUGGCAACGGCCACUUGAGACUGCCUGGCAUCAAGACGUAUGUGGACCCACACACUUAUGAAGACCCGAGUCAAGCCGUGCACGAAUUCGCCAAGGAACUGGAAGCGUCUUGUAUCGCCAUAGACAAAGUCGUUGGGGCAGGGGAGUUUGGAGAGGUGUGCAGUGGCCGACUGAAGCUCCCGUCUAAGAAGGAGAUCUGUGUGGCCAUCAAGACUCUCAAAGCCGGAUACACAGAGAAACAAAGACGGGACUUCCUCAGUGAAGCGAGCAUCAUGGGACAGUUUGACCACCCCAACAUCAUCAGGCUGGAAGGUGUGGUCACACGAAGUAAACCCGUGAUGAUAGUGACCGAGUACAUGGAGAACGGUUCCUUGGAUGGCUUCCUGCGAAAACACGACGCCCAGUUCACAGUGAUUCAGCUGGUGGGCAUGCUACGUGGCAUCGCAUCUGGUAUGAAGUAUCUGUCGGAUAUGGGCUAUGUGCACAGAGACUUGGCCGCUCGCAACAUCCUGGUCAACAGCAAUCUAGUGUGUAAAGUGUCAGACUUCGGCUUGUCCAGAGUGCUGGAGGACGACCCAGAAGCUGCCUACACUACAAGAGGUGGCAAGAUUCCAAUCCGAUGGACCGCACCAGAGGCCAUCGCCUAUCGUAAGUUUACCUCGGCCAGUGACGUAUGGAGCUAUGGGAUUGUCCUAUGGGAGGUCAUGUCUUAUGGAGAAAGACCUUAUUGGGAGAUGUCCAAUCAGGACGUGAUAAAAGCGGUGGAUGAGGGCUAUCGUCUUCCCCCGCCCAUGGAAUGCCCUGCUACCCUUUACCAGCUGAUGCUGGACUGCUGGCAGAAGGACCGAAACAACCGGCCCAAAUUUGAACAGAUCGUCAGCAUCCUGGAUAAGCUCAUCCGCAACCCCAGCAGUCUUAAAAUCACGGCCAGCACUGCGUCCAGACCGGUUAAUCUGCUUCUGGACAGAACCAGCACUGACAUCACUUCCUUUCACACGAUGGGUGAUUGGCUGGAGAGUGCAAGGACGUUGCCCUGUAAAGAUGCGUUCACUGGUGUCAGCUACAGCUCCUGUGAUACACUGGCCAAAACCUCAGCAGAAAUCUGUCUGACUGAAGUCAGACCAGCAGCCACGUGCCCUGAGUGGGAGCCGUCCAUGGGAAUUACAACACUUUAAAGCUUAUAGACUGGAUGGGACUUCAAGAAAGUCGGUGUGACGAUCGUGGGACCUCAGAAGAAGAUCGUGAGCAGCCUAACAACACUUGAAACACACUCAAAGAACGGUCCAGUUCCUGUGU